UGUCGAUGUUGGUCUUAAGCACGUCAACGUAACUGGUUUGAGUUUUAGAACAUGAUCGAUGUCGACAACGACAUACCAAACGUUGCAGGAAGUAUGAGGUUCCCGAACGAGUCUGACUAUCUGAUCUCUAGGCUUUCGACAGCGGACUCGAUCUCACCGAUUCCUUCAAAGUUUGAAAAGCUUGAUACUAGAACCAAUUGUUACCGUCAACAUUGUUGCAGCGAGAAGAUUCCCCUCUUCGAACAUGAUAUGAACGUAUUGGAAUUAUUACGACGAAGAGCACCAUUUAGGGGAAAGACCCUGCGAACAUUGACAUUCAGACUGAUAAGAUAAAUCGGUGAUGAUCCGACGAGGGUGGCCGGUGUGUGAUAAAGGAUUGAGAAGACGGAGCCAGUGCAUGUGGAAAGGGGUCGUCGGAAGUGAGGGGUUUGACUGCAUGGAGUCCGACAGAAUUAACGAUGGUCUCAUUUGUAACAGCAGAUGGAAGACUCCGUCAGAAAUGUGGGUUGAUGUUUGGUGGCAGUAACCAGUUAGUUGCUGCCUCCCAAUUAAGUAAACCUUCCCCAAUGCUUCUCUAUCGAUCCCUCGAAGCACUCAGCUAGGUCCUUUUCCAGCUCCUGCUACUCUGCAAAUCCCUCCCCCCUGCAUCGCCCUUGCCAUCUGCUGCUGGGUUGCGUUGCUUCACAUUGCUGGUGGUUUUUAUUGCGCGGAUGGUAGUGAUAUCGUUUGGUCCAAGUUGGCAGGGGGGAGGUGGCGGUAUCUAUUGGAGAGUCGGGAAUGUUAUUCCAUGGAGAAGCAGCAGAGGGUGAGAAGUGGAAGAGAAGGGGGUGGUAGAAGAAAUGGAUCAGGUGUGACUGGCUUAGGAAGGGUGGUCAUGGUGGUGCGGAAUACGAGCAGAGUGAACUCGGCAGCGGGGGUGACGACGAUCAUCACAUUGGGCUGGUGGUCGUCAGUUUAAGGGCUUUGAAGUGGUGUCGAUUUCGGGUGCCGGAACUGAAUAACAAAGAAAGGAGAGUUGUUUGGACUGCUCGAGUUUGAGAGCUAUGGAGGGCAAGCCUCGGGGACGAUGUUUUUGCUGCAACAGGGUGUUCUUAAUGUUGGUUCUGCUUGUCUUAGUUAGUUUUCUUAUGCAGUUUGCUUCCGCGGACGACAUCGAGCAUGACGAUGCGAUGGCCCCGUCGCAGCCUGGCUGCUCCAACAGCUUCGUUCUUGUUAAAGUUAGGAACUGGAUUGCAGGACUAGAGGAACCAGAGGUUGUGGGUGUGGGCGCAAAAUUCGGCGAGCUUAUCACCGACUUUGAACAAGAUCAUAGUGCCCCACUGGCAAAGCUAGAUCCUGAGGAUGCCUGCACAGAUUCUAUCAAACCACUUCAGGGAUACACAGCCCUGGUUAGACGUGGAAAUUGCGAAUUCACAACCAAAGCGAGGGUGGCGCAGAAGGCUGGAGCGGUUGCACUUCUUGUUGUGAACGAUAAACAAGAGCUUUACAAGAUGGUAUGCUCUGAAAACAGUACUUUUACAGAUAUCACCAUUCCAUCUGUCAUGUUACCAAAGGCAGCUGGAAACAAUCUGGAGGAUGCUCUAAAUCUUGGAAAAGAAGUGAGAGUGGUGAUGUAUUCUCCAAGAAGAACACUAGUCGACAUAGCAGAGGUGUUUUUAUGGUUGAUGGCUGUGGGCACCAUUUUGAGUGCCUCAUUUUGGUCGGCCUGGACUGCGAAGGAAGCUGCUCAAGAGCACAACCGUCUCAUGAAGCAAGAACGACCAGAGGUUCCAGCUGAGGAUACGACAGCAAUACAUGAUGCUGAGAAGUACUCGAAGGAUACAAUUGAUAUCAAUGAGUUCUCGGCGGUGCUAUUUGUGUUGUUGGCCUCAGCUAUCUUGAUGCUUCUCUACUUCUACAUGUCGGAUUGGUUUAUACGGGUGUUGGUUAUCCUGUUCUGUAUCGGUGGCUUCGAGGGUUUGCAGACCUGUCUUGUAUCCCUUCUGUACAGGUGGUUUCCGAAAGCAGGGACUUUCUUCAUCAAAGUACCUCUUAUUGGAGCAGUAUCAGUCCUUGCUCUAUGCCUGUCACCCUUUUGCCUCACGUUUUCUGUUGGUUGGGGCUACUUCCGUCUUAGUUCAUACGCCUGGAUAGGCCAGGACAUUCUUGGAGUUGCACUUAUUCUUACAGUUCUUCAGAUUGUUCAUCUCCCAAAUAUCAAGGUCUCUACAAUAUUGCUGAGCUGUGCAUUUCUUUAUGACGUUUUCUGGGUGUUCAUCUCGCCGAAAAUUUUUCACGAGAGUGUGAUGAUAGUGGUAGCACGGGGAGACAAAGGUGACGGCGAAGGCAUACCAAUGCUUUUAAAGGUCCCAAGGUUGUAUGACCCUUGGGGUGGUUACAGUAUUAUUGGCUUUGGUGACAUUCUCCUGCCAGGGUUGCUGAUUUCUUUCUGCCUACGGUAUGACUGGAUUGCAAGAAAGAGUUUGCUCCGGGGCUACUUUCUGUGGGCCACAGUUGGUUAUGGACUAGGCUUGUUUCUGACAUACGUAGCUCUCAACGCUAUGAACGGCAGCGGACAGCCUGCACUUCUAUACAUCGUGCCGUGUACUCUCGGCACGGUGCUAUUACUUGGGUGGUGGCGAGGUGAACUGAAAUCGUUGUGGUUUAAAGGAGAUUCUCUGUAUCAUUUUUCAUCAGAGGCGGCAUAAGUGCGUGGCUUCUGUAGCAGCAGCCCACUAGAUCUGUGGAACCCACUAAUUGAUUGGACCCAGAUUCUAAGCCUUCAACUGUCAGCAUCCUUCCUCAGCAUCUGCUUAGAGUUGAUCCAGUGCAGGAAAUAUCAUUAUAGAAGAGCCUGGUAGCAAUAGUAAAUUUUUGUCACCCAGCAAAGCCUAGAAACCGUUCCCGAGUGCUCAUUCAGCUGAAGUGUGGAUUUGAAUCACUGAUAUGAAUGCUUGAUGUGCAGUAUAUUUUUUCUACACGGAGUCUAGUGUAUUUGCAUGAUUUGAAAUGAUACACAAUUAUAAUUUUUCUUU